AUGGUACGGACAGUCCAGCAGAUGAUGACGUCACUCCCCCGGACGCUUGACACCACUCCUGCGUACACAAUCGCGGCGCCUGCGGACCUGGGAACCAUGGUGUUAAACCCCCCGAUCGGCGAGUUCAUUAACACCAACCAGUGGAGGUUGGCCUUCCAGCUGACGGGCGGGAGCGCGGCCGCUUGUGUGAACACGCCCUGCGUCUCUACCUGCCAGUUGGACGACAACGCCCCCGUUCCCUGCGGCGCGGGAGAGGGGCAGCUCCAGUUAGAGGGCCUCUCGGUCGGUGGCCACCGGCUCACGAUCCAGACCACGGACGGGUUUGGUUCCCUCGUCGCUUCUCGAAGCGUACUUUUCACAGUCGACCCUGUUCCUCCAGUCGUGGUGGUCGCCCUGGAAGUCGGCACAACCCGGAUCAGCCAGCAAACCCUGAACGGGGUUAGCACAACCUUCCUGGUUUGGGACGUGCCCGAACCGUGCCCGGGGUAUCUCGUAAUCAGCGAACCCUGCCCCCAGUUGGAGUCCAGCGCGUUCCAGCUCAGCGGGGGAUCCCUUCAGAACCUGAGGUUUGACCAGCAGUUGACGACCCAGGCGCGAAGGCGGUUAUUGCAAACCUGGGGGACGAUAACCGGGGAUGGGCCUACCGGGUAUCGUUUUCAGGUCGUUCCGGAGGGAACGGGCCCCAGUUUGAUGACGGUCGCCGCCAAGCCGGGCGGCUUCAGGGACCGGGCGGGCAACCCAGUCAACCUUACGGCGGACUCGUCAUUCACAGCAUAUUACGAUUCCGGACGUCCGACCCCAAAGAUUACGAGGGCCGACAGCGGGCGUCCGGGUCUCAGCACUGACGUCAACGUGACGCUGCUGGUGGACUUCGGACAGCCCGUGACGGGUUUCGGACCGUCCGGAGCUGACGUCAGAAACGGCACGCUCAUAGGUUUCACCAAGGACGACUCUUACACCAACGGCCAGCUUUACCUGCUGGACUGCGCCAUCGUCCCCUCCCAAACCCUCAUCGUUCAGAUCCCCGAGAACGUGUCGGCCGAUUACGCGGGACACCCAAACCUGCCCUCCAACGAGUUCCAGGUUCUCAACUACGAGGUCGACCCCGCGGUAACCCGCACGGUGCAAGUAACCGCCGCGACCGCGCUCGUGGUGUCGGGAGUCGCAGCCACGUUUGCGGGGCCGUUUGCCUUUGGGGGCGCCUUUUCCAACAUGGCCGCCUGGGCCGCCAGCGAGAACCUCGCGACGCCCCUUCCCCCGGUCUACGUCGACGCAACGCAAGCCGUCUCCUUUUCGCUUUUCCACUGGACUUGCCCCUUCAGUGCGAUUGACUUCACCGAUUCCGGCGAAACCCCGGAUUCUCCGUUUCUGGCGAACCAGACCAACGGAACGCCGGCCGGGCCGUCGGGGGGUGUAACCAGCGCCGAGCUGUUCCAGGGGAGUAUUAACACCAAGGGGCGCCGGCUCAUGGGCGCCGAUUCUUUAGCCGCGCGCGCGCUCUGCGGGAAAGGCUUCGGCGAGAGUGUGAAAAGGCUCGAGCGGGUGCGGAGCUACCAGGCCCGGGGGGAGCUUUCCGCUGGAGAAUCCGCCCCCCACCGGCGGGCGCUCCUUCAGGGGGGUUGGAAUUUGGCCGGGGACGAUGCCCCCCAGUUCGCGGCGAGGACUGUCCCCGCGCGCCUGCCGACGAACGAGAGUACUAGCGUUACGGUCGUCGCGAGUAACGUUGGGGGAAACGCCACGUCGACGGAACUGAUGGAGAGUCUGUACCAGACGCUGCUGACGGACGGGAAAGCGGUCUCCAAUUUCUUACAGGGGAAUCUGCCGGAUACCGCAAAUGAAGGGCUCCAAACGUUCCUCUGCGCCCUGUUCUGGAUAGCCGCUCUCCUCCUGGUGAUGCUCUUUAUCCGGGUCCUCACCGGUCCCCUGAUGCGAAAGUUCAAGAACGUUCCCGACAUCCUAGUUUUCCCGGCGCUCGAGUUCAUCCUUGUCAACGCGGCAGUGAUCGGGCUCGUUACCGCCAGCAUCGGCGUUAUCAUGGGAGGCACCCGUCUCGGUAAAGUCCUCGGAGGCGUCGUUUUGGCGCUUGUGGUUUUCUACAUCAUCUGGGCAAUCCUUUACGUCUACUAUCACGUUGUGUCGAACAAGACGGUCGCCUUCGUGGUGAAGGAGAUGGACGAUGGCAUGGGCGGCCAGGUGCGCGCGCAGAACACGUCCACGCGCGGCCUGCGCGCGGUCGCCAAGUGGUGUGACCGCGCACUCUCCGGGCACGCGCAGGGCGAGUGGGAGCCUGUUCAUACCCAGCGCCACCGCUUCUUUACAGCCCGCUACGGCGUUUUCUUCGACGACCUCAUUGGAACGCCAAUGGAGCGGAUCGGCGACGCCACACUCAGCCGCCACCCUAGUUACGUGCCGUCCAUGCGCCGGAGCGUGACCGCUGACGUCGGUGGCGCGCGCAGUACGCUCUCUCGGCGCGCGUCCGAUGGAGGCGCACUGUUGACCGCAGCUGGUCCGGGUGACGUCAGCGCCGGGGCGGGUGACGUCAGCGGCGCGGGCCGGAGGGCGUCUGUCGACGCGGGCGAGCUUGCGCGCGCUGCGGCAGCGGCCGCGCCGCCCGCUGACGUCGACGUGGGGUCGGAUGGUGACGUCAGCCCGCAUGUUGCGGCCGGGGGGGCCGAUGAGCAGGGCGGAGGAGGGGGGGGACCGGUGCUGACGAAAAGUCGGAGCCGGCGACGAAGUAGCGUGUACCGAAAACAGCAAGCGUCGCUUGCGGCACAAACGCAGCUCCCGUCACACGUGGCGCCCACGUGGGAGGCCCUCAACUCCCCAGGGGGAUCCCCCCGGGCUCUGCCGGGCCCGUCGAAGCCCCCACUCGCAAGGAGCGUGUCGAUUUCCCCCGACUCCUCAGCGGCGCUGGAAAGGCCCCGGUUGGAGCGCCCGGUGGACUUUUUGACCGGUGAUAGGUACAGCCCAGGAAGGGGAUCCCCCUUGCGGCCACCGAUUCAUUCCGCCCUGAAAAGAGCGACUUCGAUGCCGUCGGAAAAGCGUCACCCUGGGUCUGCCUCGCCAGGCCGGCGUUACGAAGGGACGAGCCCAAUCCACGAGAUCGAACCCGCAGAUACGCCCGCACAAGGUUUGACAAACCCAGAAACGGAACCGGUUGCACACUCCACAGCAAACCCGAGAUCAAACCCGGCAGCGAAUCCUGCGCCGGGCGCAGUACAAACUGCGGCACCAGCGGAGCCAAACCCGUUUUCAAACCUCCUUUGGGGCAGCCCAAACCCGAGCCCGCGACUGGUCGCUAACCCGAAACGGCCCGGCGUCGCGCACGCGGUCUCGCGUAACCUGAGCAGGGGCUCCGCCAAAGUGCAGGAGUUCAAGCAGGAGUAUGGGGGCUUCCUGCGGCCGUACUACUUCACGCUCCAGCUCUUCUUCUACGGCGUCGAGGGCGUGGUGCUGGCGUCUUUCCCCAACGACGAGGGCAGUUGGACGCAACUGUCGAUCAUCUUCAUCCUCAAGGCGCUGCUCGCAGUCUUCAUCCUCUUCUUCAUGCCGUUCCAGGAGGCGGGCCCCCAGCUGUGCGAGCUGAUCAACGCGGUGUCCGACGUCGCGUCCGCGUCCAUCGCGAUCGCGCUCCUCGCGAUGGCGGCUUCGGGCGUCCGCGGCCCCAACCGCGCGCUCGGGAUCGUAAUGAUCGCGCUGCAGGCGCUGCCCAUUUUCGCCAUCAUCUUCCUAUCGUCUGUCGACGUUUUCGUAUUCCUGAAAGUGGAGGGCUGGCCAAUGGCCAAAAGGAUGCCGAAUGAGCCGACGAGCGGCGCUGACGUCAGCAUAAGCAGAGGCAAGGAGCGACAAAGACCGUCACGGCUGCGGCUGUGGGACCCGGUGGAGCACGCGGGGCUGAUGAACCCGGAUGAGUGCCGCAGCACGUACAAGCACACCCCCGACGCCACCGCUGAGACAUUGACUUGUGGCACUCACUAG